AUGAAUUCAAGUAUAUCAUCUCAAUAUAAAAAUGAGGGAUUUGAGAAUGACGAUAAAUAUCUUGUAAGCUUCACAGCUGGAUCUUCUGCUGAUUCUCGGACACCGUCACCCGCUUCAACACCACAAUGUAAUCUUCGAUACAAUGAAUCUAGAUCCCAUAUGAUAAUUGAAGUACCAGUUUCUCAGCUAAGGAAGAUGAAAAAGGCAGAAGGAACAGUUUCGGUUAACAGAGAAACUCAACAUUUUUGUGAAACGACAACAAUGCACGGACCGAAAAGAAUAUUCAAAGGAAAACGAUGGGCGACUCUUUUCUGGUUUAUAAUGGUUUCUUGUUCCCUUGGUCUUUUGAUUACGCAAGUUGUUAUACUUGCCUCUGAGUAUCUUUCGAAGCCAACUGUUUCUGAUGUUUCCUUUCUGAUCAAUGAAGACGGAAUGGAGUUUCCACUUGUGACUGUUUGUAAUCUGAAUCCAAUUCGCAAAAGUUAUAUAAAUGAAAUGAAUAAAACCGGCGAUGUUUACCCAGAAAUGAUCAAUUACCUAAUGCAAUGGUUCACUGAAAUUCCGACUCUUUUGGGUACUGCAGAUAGACAAACAUUGCAUCAAGGCAACGAAGAACUGGGAUUAUAUCAGAAGAAUCAUCCAGACUUCACAGCAGAUAAAUUCUUUAUGGAAGCUGGAUUCGAGUGCACUGAAGUUAUCAAACUGUGCACUUUUCAAGGAGAAUUAUUCGAUUGUUGUGCAUUGGCUACUCCAAUUCUGACUCCAUUAGGGAAAUGUUUCACCAUAGAUCUCUCAAAAAGCCCAAAAUCAUUCAUGCAUAAACAAACAGAACCUGGGAUUCAGGCCGGACUUGCUAUCACUUUGGAUGCUCAUUUAGAAGAACAAUUCGAUGGAACUUCCAACUCUAUGGAAGCUCUUUUCACCAAUUCAUUUGUCGAUGGAUUCCGAUAUUUCGUUCAUCCGCCGAACACUGUUCCUCAUUUGGCAUCUGAUGAAUUCACAGUUUCUCCGAACUCGGUUGCUUACUCUGCAAUUUCCAGUGAUCGAUAUGUUUUGUUACCUUCUCAUCAAUGGGGAAACUGUACAGAAGACUAUCCGAGUGGAAUUGAAUCAAAUCUACCGUACUCCUCUGGAAAUUGUCUUGCAUUGUGCAAAGCGAAAUAUUAUUCAGAUCAUUGCGGCUGCACUCCUGCCUUGUACAAUAUUGAAAAUACAACAAAAGAAUGCACUCCUUAUGAAACAUUUACUUGCGUUGAUACAAAACUUAGUCACCACACGCAAGGAAGGCUUGAAUUCCAACCUCCAAGUUGCACUCGCUGUGCACAACAAUGUAAUAGCUUGGUAUUCCGGGCGUACAACUCUUACGGAAGCCAAUUUUCUGCUGGAGCAUUCAACUGGCUCAGAGCGAAAAACUCGAAUUGGACUGUUGGACACAUGAAAGCCAACUUCCAAAUGAUCAAUAUUUUCUACCGAGAUAUGGCAUACACCGAGUAUAAUCAAGUUCAAGAUGCUUCAAUCACACAACUUCUCAGUGACAUUGGAGGAAAUAUGGGAAUGUUUCUGGGAAUGUCAGUCAUCACAAUCACUGAAAUAUGCUUGUUCUUCUCAAAAGUAUUUUGGAUUGGAUUUUCGAAAAAACGAAGAGGUUAUAUGUACUCGAAGAAGAUAAGCGAAAAGACCCAUGAAAGAGAAGUUUGUGAAACUGUCGAAAAAAUGAAAGUGAUCUCGUUUCAUGGAAAUUUAUCAACGUUGGCUAAUACAACUGGAGGAGCAUCAUUCAAAAACAUUCCUUCAAAUGAAAAUGUAGAGUUUCGGAUAAAUUUGAAAGACUUGGCUGAUCAAUUGGAUUCAGAUUCCGGUUACAGUCGAACAGAAGAAGGAAAAUCUAGGUCUAGUAUUCAAAGAUAUUAG